GCUAAACGAUCUCGUUAAUUCAGUUCAUUAGCACGGGGACUGGUAUAUAAGGCUGGGACUCAGACUGAAGGUAAUAGUGAAACAUUUGCGGCGAAGCACGACGGCGGAUUUCAUAAUACUAGGAGAGGCAUAUCCUCACGUACUAUGUCGGCACUUUUCUCAAUAGACAGACUAGCGAUCUCUUCGCAACGAUUUCGAUCUCAGAGUUUAUCCUCCGAUGGAAGCGAGGGGUCUCUAGAGAGCGAGCGGUACGACGGCUGUCGGAGCCCCACCUCCCUAAGUUCACGCUCCCAAACCCCGUUCUCGGACGCCAGGGGCUCACCUCCGCUGCAAAGGCCCGUAGGGUCUACCACAUCCUCGUGCAGAAGUUUUUUCAUAAGAGACAUUCUACGACCGGACUUUGGGGCGAAGCGAGAGCAAAAGGCACAGUUUUACUCUUAUCCGUCCUUCGUGAAACAGGAAGGCGGUUUGGACGGUAUUUCCACGUCGCCGUUGAGGGAAUCCGCCACUUCUCCUGACACGCGACUACCAGACACAGGGACUAAGACGCCUCAAGAAAAUCUUUGGCCAGCUUGGGUUUUCUGCACGCGUUACUCCGAUAGGCCAUCAGCCGGCCCAAGGUCGAGAAAAAUCCGAAAAACAAAAGACGCCGAAGCCGAAAAAAGACCAAGAACAGCCUUCUCUACGGAACAAUUGCAAAGACUGCGACAGGAGUUCGAAAUCAAUCGCUACCUGACGGAGCAGAGACGUCGACAACUGUCGGAGGACUUAAACCUUAGCGAAUCCCAAAUCAAAAUAUGGUUCCAGAACAAGCGAGCCAAGCUGAAAAAGAGUAUAGGGAAGAGGAAUGGUCUGGCAUUGCAACUGAUGGCGCAGGGGCUUUAUAACCAUUCCACCAUGCCCUUGGAAUCAAUGGAGUGAACGGAGAGAUAAUUAUAGACAGAUCAAGUUACGUCAUCAUACCACUGUAGUAUGACGUCACUAUGCCAUGACAAUUGAUGCCAAGCUGUCAUCGAUGAAUCAAGUAAUUUAAGAACUAUAUUAACUUCAAUUUUUGUUAUCAUUUCUGCAUUUUUUUAAAAAAAUUAUUAUUACCCCUAAAACGAGCAAUACGCCAUGUUGGGUCAAAAAAUAAUUAGUCAAUUUAUUGUAAAUAUUUGAAAAUAUUACAUAUUUAUACUUAAUAAGUUUUGUAUAUAAAUAUUGGAACAAAUAGAAUGUUUGAAUAUGACAGCGGCCUUUGUGAAAGGGGAAAUAUGACCUUCGCUGUCGUUUCGUUCUUUAUAGCCUUCCUAAACCUAAUUUGUUUAAAAGAUAAGCUAACUUAAUACAGUAACUCUCGAACAUUUUAGGCAGAAAAAAGGGUGUUAAUUGCCACAUUAAUUCUAUUUAGGGGCAAUCACUGACGUGACAGGUUACAUCCUAGCCUUUUUUAAAUGUCGUAAAAGUCGAAAAAGAUUAGGUCUAGAGUGAAAGCUAAAUGUUCUCUGUGUUUCACAUGAGUGCGCUACCGUUUUAGAUUUCCGUCCAUUAGAUUGAUAUUAACUAGGCCUGAGCCAUGUAACCCGUUGCCAACGUGUAUAGUGAGUUUAGUGUUAGUUGCACCAUUAACUUUUAAUUUUUGCACCAGCAGUAGCAGUAAUACUAGUAUAACUUUGUGAUGACCUAACAUUAGUAGUAGCAGUGAUAACAGUACUACCGGUGAUAACAGUACUACACAGUUGAAAUGCCAUUGCCAGUAACAAUGGUUGCACUUGCAUUAACACCAUCGGCAGCAGUAGCAGCAUCGUUCAUUAGAAUAAGUGUUAUAAUUCCAAUAAUAGCACGACAUUGAGUGUAGAGGAAACAGGUAAAGUAGCAUUUAAACAGAAUUUUAUUUUGAAAUUAGCGAUUACAGUAACAGUUGCAAUAGCAUUUGGAAUACGUAGCACUUACUAUGUACAGUCAAUAGUAGCCUACGAUAAAAAAAAAAUCAACCACCUCUUUCCACGAUUUUUACUUGGCUCUCAAACAAUGAAACACAAUGACUCUCAUUCUUACAAUCAACUAAAGAAUAAAUAUAAAAUAGUAGCAGUGACAAUUCUACAAUCAAAACACAUUUAGAGUCAAUUAUAUCAGUAGUGCCAUGGUAGUGAAAUGUAGUGUAGCAACACUAGUGCAUGUAAGUAGUUUAGAGUUUGUAUUUAUGCCAGUUCUGUUCUCAUUCAGUGUCCGCCAGUGCCAAUGUCCGUGUGCAAUGCUAUAUAGAUGGUUACUUACUGUAUAGACGCAACGGUUGCUGUAGAAUUAGCAAUAGCGAUAGCUUAGCGGUAAAUGCUCGUAUUAGUUAAAUAGACUUGUAUUUAAAACGUACCUGAAAUUGAAACUCAGAUUCCCAUGUUAUUAGUUAACAGUAUGUUAGGAAUAGUGCCUGUUUGGGUGAUUUAGAUUGAUUAGCGUGAUAGAUGUAGUAGCUUAAAUGAGAUUAUUAUGAGAUCGUGAUUUUGUCGUGUACCUGAGGCAAAGUUUCCCAUUUUGUGCAUAUAUUUAAAAAUGGUCCAUUAUUUCUUGUAUAAUAUUCAUCAAAGGACCCUGUAUAUACAAGAUCUGUAAAUAAUGUAUUACACACGUUUUUCUUUGUAAAUAAAAAAAGAUGUUAUUUUGUGAA